UGAAUGCUUCCUGCAAUAUGAGCCUCUGUUUUUUUGAGCUUGGACGUUUCCUUCAAUUCAGUGUGCUGUAUAACAUUAUGCGGCUUAUUCAAAUGACCAAUCUUUUAAGUAAAAUGGAAUUGUAUGUAAUGUAUCACAUUUGGGGGUUUCAUUUCCAGUAAAUAAUUACUGUUCAGAUGAUUGGAUUUAAGGUGAAAGGAUGGGUCUAGUGGACAUCAUUGGAAAAUCAGAGGAAGAUGCUUCCUUCCUAAUGGAGAAACAUCGGACUUGGAGUGGAUGAAGAGAUGCAAUUAUUUUUUUCUCAGUUUGAAAACUUCAGAUAAUGUUGGGUGAUGUUCUUCACCAUAUCUGGAUUUUUGCUGAUGCGCCUCCAUUGGAUGCAAUUAUGGAUACGAGAGUAACUGGAUAGAUGAGCAACUUGAAAAGGGAAUGGUACCUUGGAUUCACAAGAAAGAUUAUGGCCAUUUACAGACUUUUGCAAUUUGGGAAAUUUGAAGCAAGCUGAACUUUUGAAAAGAAAUUUGGAGUAUAUUACUUUUCGUUCCAUUACUAAAUACCCCAUAGUACAGGGAUGAUUCUAGUUCAUCCUUAUUGUGUGCCCAAUCUAAUGGAGAUAAUUGCCAUUUCUGCAUUGGAAAACUGAAUUAUCAUAUUUGACACUAUAACCAGCAAGUUCGAACUUGCUCUAAGCAGCCUAUAAGAGGCUUGAGUUAGUCUUGUCUUCAAGAUAUUCUAUAUGCACAACAAUGAGAAAUGGUCAGAGUCAGAUUCUCUGUUACGGCAUGCCUGAAACAUUUCUGCAAUUUCUAUACCCUUUGUCAGUGGAACUCCUACAUAAGGGAAGCUGUGAACCAAGGCCAUGCGGAGAAGGCCCUUUUUCUUUUCCGUCAGAUGAAGCAAAAGGGUGUCCAACCCAACAAUUCCACGUUCCCCUUUAUAGCCAAAGCUUGCGCCAGACUCUUAGAUACCAAACAAUCCCAAAUCAUCCAUGCCCUUGCCAUGAAAUCAUGGUUUCAAUCAAAUGUUUUUGUGCAAACUGCAAUGGUUGACAUGUACAUUAAAUGCCACCAACUUGAAGACGCAUACAAUGUCUUUGUUGAAAUGCCCAUGAGGGAUGUCGCUUCUUGGAAUGUUGUAUUGUUGGGUUUUGCUCAGGCGGGUUUCCUUGAACAGGUUUCUUGUCUUCUGCAUCAGAUGAGGGUUUCUGGAGCUCAACCUGACUCCAUAACUGUUUUGGCUCUGAGUCAUGCUGUUUUGACUACGAAAAAUCCUAGAUUUGUUGGUGCUAUUCAUUCUUUUGGAAUUCGGAUUGGAACUCUAAUUGAUGUGUCAGUGGCUAAUACUUUGAUUGCUGCAUAUGCUAAAUGUGAUGACUUGGUCUCAGCAGAGACAAUGUUUGAUGAAACUGAUAUUGGUUUAAGGUCUGUUGUCUCCUGGAAUUCCAUGAUUGCGGCAUAUUCAAAUUUUGAAAAACAUGACGAGGCUCUAAGUUGUUACAGAAGGAUGCUAGAUGGUGGGUUUUCUCCAGAUAUUAGCACCAUUCUCAAUUUGCUUUCAUCUUCUGUGCAUCCCAAAGCACUUCUUCAAGGUAUGUUGAUUCAUUCUCAUGCCAUCAAGUUAGGCUGUGAUUCCGACAUAUGUGUUGUUAACACACUUAUUUCUAUGUAUUCCAAGUGUGGAGACAUUCAUUCUGCAAGAUUUUUGUUUGAUGCCAUGUCUUACAGAACUUGUGUUUCAUGGACUGCUAUGAUCAAUGGGUACAUUGAGAAAGGAUAUAUGGAUGAAGGAUUGGCCUUGUUCUAUAAAAUGGAAGCAACUGGUGAAAAACCCGAUCUUGUCACUGUGCUUGCUUUGAUCUCAGGUUGCGGCCGAACAGGAGCUCUAGACCUUGGAAGAUGGACUCACGCUUAUUCCAUUUCCAAGGGAUUGAAAGAUAAUGUUGUGGUUUGUAAUGCACUAAUUGACAUGUAUGCCAAAUGUGGAAGUAUCGAUGAUGCUCGAGAGGUUUUUCAUAACUUGACUGACAAAACUUUGGUCUCCUGGACAACUAUGAUUACUGCUUGUGCUCUAAAUGGAAAUGUUAAUGAGGCUCUGGAUUUUUUUGCUGUGAUGGUGGACAUGGGAAUGAAACCAAAUCACAUAUCAUUUCUUGCCAUUCUUCAAGCUUGUGCACAUGGAGGUUUACUUGAUGAAGGAUUGGAAUGCUUCACUUUGAUGACUCACAACUAUGGCAUAUCCCCUGGUAUAGAUCACUAUUCAUGUAUGGUUGAUCUUCUCGGUCGUAGAGGACAACUGAAGGAAGCUCUGGAAAUUAUCAAGACCAUGCCUUUUGAACCUGAUGCUGGAAUUUGGAGUGCAUUGCUCGGUGCUUGCAAGCUUCAUCGUAAUCCGGCAAUGGCCCAGUAUGUGUUUGAACAGCUCUGCGAAAUGGAUGCUCAGCGGGCUGUUCCUUAUGUGGAGAUGGCUAACACAUAUGCUUCUGCUGAAAUUUGGGAUGGAGUUGCUGCUGUGAGGAGGAAGAUGAAACAUCUUAACGUGAAAAAGUCUCCAGGACAAAGCAUAGUUCAAGUGAAUGGAAAAUCUAGUAUGUUCACAGUUGGAGAUAGAGAUCACCCUCAAGCCUUGUAUGUAUAUGAUGUGUUAGAUGUUUUGACCUUGCAUUGUAAAAGAAGGAUAUGGACUCAUUCAGAGGAGAUUUCUGAACUUGAAUGGAAUUGAAGCCAUCACAGAA